GAGUAAAAUGCUAUCCAUGUGUCUUUUGAUAUCUCUCUCCCUCUCCCACACCACACGCCUCACUUCCUCAAUUUGACUGAGCCACUCCUUUCCAUUCAUUUCAACCCACACCAAUUUUACAACCAGAGCUUAACCUUGCAUGCAAUCACAACAGUAGCAGCCCUUGUAAUUCCUUUCUCCUUUACCCAACCAAGGUAAGUGACUGACUUAUUCCUCCCUUCUCCUUUCCCCAACCCUCGUAAUUCUUUUUGAGCAUGUGAAUUUCUAGCAAUCAAGAGGUCAUGGGUUGUAAUUGGAGCUUGAAGGGGGAUCAAGGAAUUUUGUAAAGAAUCCAUUUCCAGCUCUACAACUCUCGUUGUUAUCACACCUCUAAUUCAAAGUUGGUAAUGGAUAUUUGUUUUCUGCGUCGAUUGCUUUGGACUCUACACUGUCUUUUCGACCAAGGUCUAACUCAUAGAAUGGGCCGCCGACAGCAACAACAAGAUCACGCGUCGUUGUGGCAAGUAUGUCAGAACAAGAGACCACGCCGGGGCAUUCCAACUCCAACAUGUUCUUGGUACGCGUGAUCAUGUCAAAGCCAUCUCCUGAGAGGGAGAGAUUGAUGUCUGCAUCACGCUCCGCCUUGUUGAAGGAAUUGGAGGUUACCAAGACAGAGGCAUCACAACCUCCAAUCAAACAGUCAGUGAAGAAGAGGCGGAGUGUGGCGCCCGCGGUGGAGGGUGUUGAUUGCUGCUUGCUGGUCACGGUUUCCUUUACAAUGUCUAAGAAUUUUGGACAUGAUUUUUCAUAAUAGUUUGGGGUGAGUUGGGAUUGUGUAAAGGGAAGUAGGGUUAGGUAGCAUAAGAGGAAAAUGUAAGAUUUAUAUUUAUAAAUCAUAUCGUUGUUAUUGUAUUAUUACUAUAAGUAUUCUUUUUUGGGUUGGAGAGGAUAACGAAAAUUGAAAGGUGUUUAAAAUUUGUGUCAAAA